GACUUCCGCCGGAAGCGGCUCCGGCAGUUGUUGUCUGGUUGUUUGGGGUCCGGGUGUAGGUGGGUUAGUCCGGCCUGGCGGGGUGAGCGUACCGCCAAGGAGCUGGAGCCGCAAAGUGGAGCUGAGACCUUGGCAGCGAGAUGGACAUCCUGAAGUCAGAGAUUCUGCGGAAGCGGCAGCUAGUGGAGGACAGGAACCUGCUGGUGGAAAAUAAAAAGUACUUUAAGCGGAGUGAACUCACGAAAAAAGAAGAGGAAGCAUAUUUUGAAAGAUGUGGCUACAAGCCUAUAAAUGAGAAGCCUUCUGGAGAGAUUCAGCCAAAAGAGGAUGACCAGAAACCACUAACAUCAUCAAAUCCGGUGUUGGAACUUGAACUAGCAGAGGAAAAACUACCCAUGACUCUUUCUAGACAAGAGGUCAUCAGAAGGCUGAGAGAAAGAGGAGAGCCAAUUAGACUAUUUGGAGAGACCGACUAUGAUACUUUCCAGCGUUUAAGAAAAAUAGAGAUUCUUACACCAGAGGUCAACAAGGGCUUAAGGAAUGAUCUGAAAGCAGCUUUAGACAAGAUUGACCAGCAGUACUUGAAUGAAAUUGUGGGUGGUCAGGAAUCUGGAGAGGAGGACACACAGAAUGACCUGAAAGUUCACGAGGAAAAUACCACCAUUGAGGAAUUAGAGGCACUGGGGGAGUCCUUAGGGAAAGGUGACGAUCAUAAGGACAUGGACAUCAUCACCAAGUUCCUGAAGUUUCUUCUUGGUGUUUGGGCUAAAGAAUUGAAUGCCAGAGAGGAUUAUGUGAAACGCAGUGUGCAGGGCAAACUGAACAGUGCUACGCAGAAGCAGACGGAAUCCUACCUCAGGCCACUUUUCAGAAAGCUCCGGAAAAGGAACCUUCCUGCUGAUAUUAAAGAGUCAAUAACAGAUAUUAUUAAGUUCAUGUUACAGAGAGAAUAUGUGAAGGCAAAUGAUGCUUACCUUCAGAUGGCUAUUGGAAAUGCUCCCUGGCCUAUUGGUGUCACUAUGGUUGGUAUCCAUGCCAGAACUGGCAGAGAAAAGAUUUUUUCGAAGCAUGUUGCACAUGUUUUAAAUGAUGAAACCCAACGGAAAUACAUUCAGGGGCUGAAGAGGCUAAUGACAAUUUGCCAGAAGCACUUUCCUACAGAUCCAUCGAAGUGUGUGGAAUAUAAUGCACUAUGAGACCUGCGUACGGUGUGUACAUGACAAGGAGCCUCUGCACUCAGCACGUGGCCUUCUGGUCUUAGCACAGCAGUGAAGGAAGAGCUCCACAGCAGACUCCCACCUGAUGCAGUUGGCGUUGGCUUCCACAUGGCAUUGGACUGCUGACUAAUUUUUGUGUCUUGCUUUCAUUUUAAUCAGUUGAAAAAUUUAGUCCUAAAGAUAAUAUCCAUAGUUAAAUGUAUAGACAACAACCACCACCACAAGAAGGGGGGUUUGACAUGACACUUCUCCUCAAGACCCAAAAUGUGUCAUUGGAUAAUUAAAAACAUUUGAGGAUGGGUUUUAAAUUUGUAAAGUGAUUCGCACAUUUUUCUAUGUGGUAUUUAUAGAAAAUAUUUUUGUAUUUAAACAAAAGUGUGGGACCAUUGAGUGUUCCUUUACAGUUCUUAAAUGAUUGUGGACUUUUGCCAUCUUGCAGUAGAAUGUAAAUGUUACUGUUAAGUGUUAUUUUCUGUGUUUCAGACUUGUUUUUUGUUUCUAAGCAGAGUACAUUUGUCACCUUUCUAGACAGAGAGAAUUAAUAGGAGAUAAAAGGUUGAAAAGCAAAGAUGGUAUAUUGUACCAGCAUAAUUUCAAAACACCAGCACAGCAAGGAUACGGUAAAAAGUGGGUCUUUGAGCCGGCUGAGAGCAGCAGCCUCAUGACCAAGCUGCAGAGUUGUGAAGUUGCUGGCUUCAUUAUGCCACACUCAGUCCUCACUCUGGUCUUACCAAUUGAAAACUUGCUCUAGGUCUUACAGAAUGGAGCUUUGAUCAUGUGACCACUCACUGCUGCAGUGCUGAGAAGAUGGAGCUAAGACUGUACAGUGGGAGAUGGAUGUUACCUGGCAAGUUGGAUGUGGUGUCAGAGAAAGUAAGAGUGCAUGGGCAAAUCAGGACUGACACUUCUCAGCUCCCUGUUCUAACAAAACAGCUUUGGGCAAGUGGUUCCAUCUUGCUGGGCUCUGGCUUCCUUGUCUGAGAGUGAUGAUAAGAGUAUAUACCUCGCGAUGUUAUUGUGUAAGUAAGAUGCCGAGCCCCCUGCCUGGCAGAUGACAAGAGGUCACUAUUAUUGCUUGACAUGUAUUCUUAUUACAUUGGUAGACCAAGGACAUUUAUAGGACCCCGUGGCUACAGUAGGAGAGUAUGUACUUGUAUGAUAACAAUAACAAUUGUGUUAGCAGCAAUAGCAGUAAAUGAUGGAAUCAUUGUUAAGCUUUUCUUGUCUUUACUUUCAGCCAGGUCCACAUUUAGACAUGCAGAGAAUGGGGGCUGGAGGUUGCUGGGGGUGGUUCAAAAUCACAGUUGCUUAUACUGGUCCCUCUUGAGAAAGAGUGAAUGUUACUUUUGGCUAUUUGGAGUACAAGACUGUGCCUAGACAGGACAGUCUCUGCCAGUUAUAUGCAGGGUGGUGGCUGUCUUGGGUUGAAUCAACGUUCCCCUCCCCGACUAUAGAAGCCUUUUCUUAUGAUUAAAUUAGGUAGAACUUGGGGGAAUUUAUUUGACAAAGUUCAUGAGAUGUGCAACAAAUCCCUACCUGUGACAUGUGGUUUUGUUAUGAAUGUCUUCUUUAUAAAUAUUAUUGGAAGAUACCCAAACCACUUUUUCUUCAUCCACUGGCAGGUCACACAGCGUGGUAAGUAAUUUUAUGUUGUCUUCCUUUCUGUUGUUAAUAUUCCACAUUAAGAAGAAACUAUAUUACGUGACACCUGUGCUUCCUAAGAUUGGCUUUUGUGGUUUUUUGUUUUUGGUGUUUUUUUUUUUUUUUUUUUCAUUGAGAGUAUGUAUUUAUUCUACAAGACUGUGACUUUAGCCGUUCUGAGUUUGGUAGAGAGAAGCAUAUUCAAAUAUGUGGUUCUCUCAGAAAAGUGUUCGUAUUUGAAUUAAAGAAGCUAUAUAAAAACUC